UAACUAAGCAGUGGCAGGUGAGUUCUUCCCUCAGACUCUGACAUCAAGCAGUGGAGCUGGACAUGACUGGGUACAAGCCGAGGGUAAUCUCCCUGACCAAGAGGCCGGGUCAGACGUUUGGCUUCUUCCUGAGGGUGGAGCAUGAAGAGGAGGGCCACCUCAUCCGAUGUCUGGAAAUGGGAGGUCCAGCUGAGCUGGCUGGGCUUAGGGAUGGAGACCGCAUCCUACGGGUCAAUGGCAACUUUGUGGAUGCACUCCCCCAUUCACAGGUGGUGGACCUGGUGAAGGAAAGUGGAGCAACAGUGACGUUUCAUAUUCUAGAUGAAACCUCCUACAAGCAGGCUAAGGCACAGAAAGUGGACCUGUCUGACCUUCAGUUCAGACCGGCUGCUAAUGGAGUCGCCGGACCAAUGCCAAAACCCAAACUCUGCUACCUGGUCAAGUCCAACUCAGGUUAUGGAUUUGGUCUACGAUCAGCCGUGGGUGAGCCGGGCUUGUUCAUGACAGACGUGACCCCGGGCAGCGUGGCCGACAAGGCCGGCGUCAAAGUCAACGACCGACUGCUGGAGGUCAAUGGGGAGAACGUGGACGCGGCCACACAUGACAUUGUGGUGGAGAAAAUUAAGUUGGCGGGCAACAGCAUCAUGUUUCUGUUGGUUGACAAAGAAACAGACCGGUACUACCAGAACAAACACAUCAGGUUAGGGGCAGGGCUCGCCACCAUCCAGUUUCUCCCACACAAGCCACGCAUCAUCAAAAUGACCAAAGGACAUGACGGCUAUGGCUUCUUACUCAGGGAGGAGCCCAGCAGGACAGGCCACUUCAUCAGAGACAUCGACAGGAAGAGCCCAGCGGAGAGAGCAGGGCUGAAGGACAUGGACAGACUGGUGGCGGUGGACGGCCAGGAGGUGGACGGCUUGAGCCAUGAGCAGGUGGUGGACAUGGUCAGAAAGAGCGGAAACAAAUGCUGCCUCCUGGUGGUGGAUGAAGAUACUGAUAAGGUGUACAAAAUGGGUGGUGUAUCUCCCAUCCUCUACUGGGAGGAAAUGAGGGGCUGCGGUGCUCCACCCAGCUACACAGAGGCCGUCCAUUUGCCGCCCGUUGUCCGACCAACCAAGCCGGUUAAGGAGAAAAAGGAGGAGGAGGAGCUCAAGCCCAAACUGUGCAAGAUGGAGAAGACCUCGGCCGGCUACGGCUUCCACCUCAACGGCAUCCUGGGAGUUUGCGGCCAGUAUAUCAAAGAGGUGGUGAAGGGCGGGGUGGCAGACAGGGCGGGUCUGGAGGACGACGACAUCGUGGUAGAGGUGAACGGGGUGAAUGUGGAGAAGAGUACUCACGAGGAGGUGGUGGCGUUGAUCCGCAACAGCGGCAGCUCCCUGGACCUUCUGGUGGCCACCAAGAUCGUCUACAACCAGCUGAAAACCAGAGGAGUGGCCAUCACGUCCCUGCUCUUGGGACAAACGUCCUCCGCACAGGUCCACGCACCAGCCACUUUGGAGGAGAAAGUCAGACCAGAAACCCCUCCUGUGCCUGCAAGGGAAAGGACUCCAUCCGUGUCGUCGGCUUCAUCUCAGGGAAGCUUCGAUGACAGAUUUUAAAAACAGGAACACCUUGAAAACCGGCUUCGUUGUUCGUCUCCGGCUCAACCUUCAUGGUUUCUCAAGAUCCUUUUCCUGAGGCCUCAAAGAUACCGCCGAUCAUCUGCAAAAAUCUCUCCAAAUCCCAUCUCCAUGGUGCCACAUUCAGCAGACUUUCAAGAUGAGCUCCGCUUUUCGACUCGAGCGUCACAUCAGCACAGUAAAUAAGACUAAUCCGACGGUAUCAUCUUCACCUUUGAGCAGAUGUACGUAUACCCGUUGACAGCUUCUUUGAUCAUCUGGAACGUGUGGUCUUCCACAAGGUUGGUGAGCACACAAGGCACUUCUGCAGAUCAGAUCUGGUUUUAGGGGAAGGAAUCAAACCAAUAAUAGCCUUCAUUCGCUAAGGAUUAAGUUAAAUUUGUCUUACAGUUACCACAGCGACAGCCUUAGCCAUGCUCCGGCCUUAUCUAGUGUGCGCUGCAUAAAAGCUUCUCUCCGAUGCUCUCGGCGAGGUGCUCGAGCUCAGUGUGGGAGUCGGUAGAAACACUUGCUAAGCACCGAUUGGUGAAUCACUGUGCCAAUCAUUAUGUCAAAAACUAUUAAUAUAGAGGAACGGACAAAAGGGAGGAUACAACAAAGAGACUUUGACUCUUUGUUGUAUCUUUGUUGUAGCCUUUGUUGUAUGUUGGACUCUUUGUUGUGUUGUUGACAAGACUUGGCCAAUUUCACUCUGUCAGCCGUCGGUCUACCUUUCAGUCACAUUCAUGAAAGAAAGAGCAGGGAAACAAAACAGACACAAGUGUCUUCUUAUCUCUGUGCAGCCUGUAUUUACGAGCAUAAAAAUAGUCGUCUGUGCUUGUUACAGUUUCUUUGAAUUAGUAACAACGUAGCUAACUGUACAUGGAUAAUGCCUUUAAUUACGCGGAUAAUGCCUUUAAUCACUAUAUCAACACGGCUGUGAUUCAGAAAUGCUCUGUAAAGAUGUAACUUCCUUUUUCUUAAAUUCCAUAACAUGAAAUAAACAGCCACAAACUCUC